AUGGUGAAGGAACUCAUUCCUCCACAAUCGUCGUGGAAGACAUUCGGCGUGGAACUCCUAACAAGUGCUAAAAAUUACGACAAAGCUGAGAGACGAAUUAAACGUCUUUAUAGGAAACCGUCUAACAUCGACUCGACAGAUUCUGAGACUGAGGCAAACUGUGUUGGCAAAAUAUCGAAAAAUCAGGCUGCAGCCAUAACAAGGCGAACUUUUUCUCUGCUGGAGCACAUUGUAGAGGAAAGGGAGGCAAUAUCAUCGAGAGAUCAUGAGGCUGAAAUUUCUAAAGAUGGUGGUCAACAGAGAAGUCUGGAGGAGGCUGGAGCUACAACAUUGCGAGGUAGAACAGAGUCCGGUGACACCAAAGCAGAAAAAAAAUCUGCUUUGAAAGCUGUUCUCAAAACUUUGAGAGAAAAUGCCAUUGAAGACCCUCUGAAACAGUUCUGCGCAGAUUAUUGGGACGCCACAACAGAACUUCUCACGUACAAAUAUCGUGAGGAUUUGUCCAGCCUAAAACGAUCUAUUCAAUACGAUCUAAAUAGGAAAAUCGAGGAGCUGAGGGUUUCCAUGAUGGUCUGCAAUGUCGCUGGAGGUGAACCUAUAACAUCGCCGAGGGAAGGACUAUCCGCAGAUUUCCCCAUUAAGAGUUUCGAACAGUUUCUGGACUUCGAGAAAACUCUAGAUCCGACACAUCAGGAUAAUUUGGCUGAUCCUGAGAAGGCCUUACAAAAACAGGAUAUACUUAAAGCAUUUAUGGGUGUAUUAACUAACAAAGGGAUGGAUUAUGCGGCUGAUAUUAAAAAAAUUCUUAAAGAAUUAAUUUCCAAAGAAGUGCAACUCAAUUACAGUGGCGUAGGCCGCGUUGUUAAAGGCAGGGGAAAGAGAAAUUUCAGUGCAACACUGACUUUUGCAUGUUUAAGAGAUUUUAUUGAGGGAAAAUACAAAAACUCCAACAUACCAUUGAAGAUCAUAUCAAUUAGGGGUGAUUGGCUAUCAGGAGCUGGAGACAGAGAUAGUGGAUGUUCACAACGCAAAAAGCAAGGUGGAACGUAA